AUGUGUGAGGGAGGGUUAACCCUUGUCCUUAAUAAACACUAUGUUACCCAACAGAUAUGGUAUGCAUCUCCUAAGAGUGGCGCUCAAUACUUUGAAUAUAAGACAGGAUGGAGAUGCGCAAGGACAGGUCGUUCUCUCUUACAAGUACUAACGAAGGAUCUACAUGAUGCAGCAGCAGCAAGCAGCAGCAGCAGCAGUAGCAGCAGCAGCAGCAGCAGCGGUGAGCAGAGACCCGCCUGGUCGCUCAACUGGCCUGAGGGGUCACUCUGUGAGCACAUCGAGGACACGUGA